AAAAAUGUUGGCGGGGUACAAGUUUGAAAAGUUCUAGUCCAAGUCGUUGAGCUUCAACUUCUUAUUUACCUACCCUUUUAUUUUCAUAGCUUAUACUUGUCGCACAAUGGCUACUAAGCCUCCAUCAGACGAGCUUCAAAAGCUCAGUGUUAGCGAUGCUGCUGGUACAAAUGGUAAAGCUGCCAAAGCUGCCAAUGGUACCAAGAAUGGCGAGGCAGCAGAUCAUUCAGGCGACGACUCCGAUGAAGAUGUAGAGGAACAAAACGUGGAAGGAGCACCUGAAGCAGCUAAGAAGAAGAAGAACAAAAAGAGGAAGCCGAGAAAGAAGAAGAAGGCCCCGACUGCCCAAACAGACCCUCCCAGCGUAUUGAUAUCUCAACUUUUCCCUAACAAUGCCUACCCCAAAGGCGAAGAAGUCGAGUACAAAAACGAAAACCUUUACCGUACCACAAACGAGGAGAAGCGACACCUGGACAAUUUAGACACUGAUUUCCUAGUCGACUAUCGCCACGCAGCCGAAACCCACCGUCAAGUUCGCCAAUGGGCCCAGAAGAAUAUUAAACCUGGACAGUCGCUUCUCGAGAUCGCCGAGGGUAUCGAGGGCAGUAUAAGGCGCUUGGUUGGACACGAUGGGCUAGUAGAGGGAGACGCUAAGGUUGCUGGCGUCGGCUUCCCGACGGGGUUAAACCUAGAUCACAUUGCUGCUCACUUCAACCCCAACGCUGGAAAUAAAACAAUUCUACAGCAAAGUAAUGUCAUGAAGGUCGACAUUGGUGUCCACGUUAACGGCAGAAUUGUCGAUAGCGCCUUCACUAUGUCAUUUGACCCUAUGUAUGACAACUUGCUGGCAGCUGUAAAAGAUGCCACGAACACGGGUAUUAGGGAGGCGGGUAUAGAUGUUCGCUUAGGUGAACUGGGAGAGUACAUUCAGGAAGCUAUGGAAAGCUAUGAAUGCGAAAUCAACGGCACUACUUAUCCAAUCAAAUCUAUUCGAAAUCUUACCGGACAUAACAUAUUGCCCUAUAGCAUUCACGGAACCAAGAGUGUCCCUAUCGUCAAGACGGCAGAUACUACCAAAAUGGAGGAAGGCGAUGUCUUUGCCAUUGAAACUUUUGGUAGUACUGGAAAUGGCCACGUUCACGAUGAGGGCGAGGUGUCGCAUUACGCCCUCCACGGAGAUGCACCAAAGGUGGACCUACGCCUAUCUUCGGCUAAGUCUCUUCUGAAUGUCAUCAAGAAGAACUUUGGCACUCUCCCGUUCGCACGACGGUAUCUAGACAGACUUGGCCAGGAGAAGUACUUACUGGGACUGAACAGCCUCGUCCAGCAAGGUAUUGUAGAGGACUACCCUCCUCUACUUGAUAAAAAGGGGUCGUAUACGGCCCAGUUCGAGCAUACUAUUUUACUGAGACCUACCGUAAAGGAGGUCAUCAGCCGUGGCGACGAUUACUAGAUAAAUGCCAAUUAUUUGCACAUGGGUAUCUGAGUACAACUUAUUUGAGCAUGUGUUAUCAUCUGGAAAAUACACCUUACGAACUACGCGCUCUAUGUAUUAUAUCUAGAAUUGCAGAGCUGACGAAUUUCUAGCUUUGGAUUAUUGUCUCUGGUGACGAUGUCAAGGCUUAUGACGUAGGUACCUAUUUGAGUGUGAAGCAUUCAAUGUUGAUAUUAGUUACAAGUGACACAGGUACAGUACUCAAUAUCUUAUCUAAGUGGCGAAAAUGGUUACCAAGAAAGGCCAGUGAUAUCAGGAACCGUUUUUGUCGAGGAUACGGCGUGGGUCUUGCAAGGUAGGGCUGAAGUUCUGAAAUCAUAGGUGGUCCUUUGAGGCUAGUAGGUAAUUAAUGGAAGAGACAGAGAGGGGACAAAUGACCCUACGAUUAAAAUACUUUAGUCUAUGUUUGUAGAUUGAUGAUGAUCUGGAUUUUGCAGAUCGGUUUUAUCCUGACCUAAGGUAUUCAAGGUAUUCUGUUAGUGUAGGUCUCUACGUAUGCAAAAGUUGUAUGCAAAAACUUGUAGGUAAUGAAGUCUGG